AUGAGCUCGAAGGAGAAACCCACUCUCGGAGGUACGCGGAUUAAGACCCGCAAGCGUAAUAUUGCCGCUCCUCUGGACCCUGCAGCGUUUUCUGAUGCAGUGGUCCAGAUUUACUUGGAUAAUGCUGGUGAUCUGGAACUUGUUGCCAAAGCUGUUGAGUCAUCAGAUCUUAAUUUCUCAAGAUACGGUGACAUCUUAUUUGAGGUUGUUUUCAUAGGAGGACGUACACAAACUGGAUCAGUGAAAUCUGAUGAAGGGGAACGCCAUCCUUACUCUGUGAUUGACUGCGAACCCACGCGUGAAGCCAUUUUACCAUCUGUUGUCUAUAUACAGAAAAUUCUGCGGAGGAAGCCGUUCCUCAUUAAGAACCUUGAAAAUGUUACCCGGAGAUUCCUGCAGUCACUGGAGCUCUUUGAGGAGAAUGAAAGGAAGAAGCUUGCAAUCUUCACAGCACUUACCUUUUCCCAGAAGCUCUCCGGAUUACCUCCGGAGACUGUCUUCCAGCCAUUGCUCAAGGAUAAUCUUGUUGCCAAAGGGAUAGUGCUCACCUUUGUAACAGACUUCUUCAAGGAGUAUUUGGUCGAGAACAGUCUUGAAGACUUGAUUUCUAUUCUCAGGCGUGGCAAAAUGGAAGACAACCUUCUGGAUUUCUUGCCACCCGUAAGGCGUACUGCUGAAAGUUUCGCAGAGCACUUCACGAACGAGGGAUUGACUGAUCUAGUCGAGUACCAAGCAAAGAAAAUGUUUGAGGUGAAACUGAAGGAAAUCAAAACCGUUCUUACAACCAAGGUCACAGAGGAAUGUAGCGUAGAUGAAGUCAUUGAAACUGUGAAGCAGCUGGUCAAAGAUGCUAAACUGCCAGAGAUUGAUGUUGUCCGUGUCGUAUGGGAUGGUUUAAUGGAUGCUGUUCAGUGGUCUGGAAAAAACCAACAGCAAAACGCAAACUCUGUUCUGCGCCAGGUGAAAACAUGGGCUGCACUUCUGAACACGUUCUGCAGCAGCGGAAAGCUAGAGCUGGAACUGAUGUACAAAGUCCAAAUCCAAUGCUAUGAGGAUGCAAAGCUUAUGAAAGUUUUCCCAGAAGUAGUGAGGUCGCUCUAUGAACUAGAUGUCCUCGCUGAAGACACUAUUCUCCACUGGUUCCGUAAAGGAACCAACUCAAAGGGCAGGCAAACCUUUGUGAAAAGCUUAGAGCCAUUUGUGAAUUGGCUUGAAGAGGCAGAGGAAGAAGACAACGGCUUCGAUUUCAACUGCGUUGGUGGUCUGGAGUGCCUGAUAAGCGUAAUCAGGGCCCUUGAUAUGGGGUCCUGCUUAUCAUCCUCAGGAGGAACAACGAGGAGGAGAUCCAUCCACGGCUCUCCUCGCCGCCCUCCUCCUGGGAGGAGGAAGAGUUCCAGCUCCAAGAGGAGAUCCACCUCUUCUUCUUUCGACCACAACAACGGAGAAGAAGCUCCUCUUCUCCAUCGGAUCCCUGGAAGGAUGUUCUUGAAUGGCUCCACGGAUCAUGCUUCUCUCUUCUCUCAACAGGGCAAGAAAGGGCCUAAUCAGGACGCCAUGAUCGUCUGGGAGAAUUUCGGAUCAAUGGAGGACAGUGUGUUCUGUGGUGUUUUCGAUGGGCAUGGACCGUAUGGUCACGUUGUGGCAAAGAGAGUGAGGGAUUUGCUUCCACUGAAACUAGGAUCUCACUUGGAGUCAUACGUGUCCUGCGAGGAAGUGCUUAAAGAGAUCAGCCUCAACACCGGUGACAGAAAGAGCUCGGAGAGCCUUGUGCAUAUAUCUGCAAACGGAGAGUCUCGAGUCUACAAUAAGGAUCAUGUGGUAAAGGAUCAUGAUAUGAUUCAGAUGCUGAUAGGCUCGAUUGUGAAAGCCUAUAGAUUUAUGGACAGGGAGUUGAAGAUGCAAGUGGAUGUUGAUUGCUUUUGCAGUGGCACAACUGCAGUAACUUUGGUCAAGCAGGGUCGACAUCUUGUUGUUGGGAAUAUUGGAGAUUCAAGAGCAGUGUUGGGUAUGAGGAACAAAGAGAACAAACUUGUUCCUUUUCAAUUGACUGAAGAUCUCAAACCAGAUGUUCCAGCGGAAGCAGCAAGGAUAAAGAGAUGUAAAGGACGUGUAUUUGCACUUCGUGAUGAACCAGGGGUGUCUCGCCUGUGGCUUCCGAACCACGACUCACCUGGUCUCGCCAUGGCUCGUGCUUUUGGAGAUUUUUGCCUCAAAGACUUCGGUCUCAUCUCUGUACCUGACGUCAUCUACCGACACCUCAGUGACAAGGAUGAAUUUGUCGUCUUGGCAACUGAUGGGAUUUGGGAUGUGUUGACGAAUCAAGAAGUGGUAGAGAUUGUAGCGAAAGCUCCAACACGUGCCUCAGCAGGACGAGCAUUGGUGGAGGCUGCAGUGAGGAAUUGGAGAUGGAAGUUUCCGACAUCGAAAGUGGAUGACUGUGCUGUGGUUUGCCUCUUCCUUGACUCUGAACCAAACAAAUUGUCAACCGCUUCUUUCUCAGAGGAACCAGAGACAGCAUCAACAUCAACUCCAGACUCGCCUGAGCUCAAUGGAGUCAACAGAAUCGACACACUCGUGAAUCUGCCGGUGUAUGUGCCAACCAAAGAGUAG